AUACUGCCUCAACACAGACGGUUGCCAUGGUUACAACACGGAGAGGCGACGCUGCAAUUAUUUCUCUUGCAAUGGCACCCUAGACGUCCUCCACCUAGACGACAAGCAGUACAAGCCGCCCAAAUUCGGGUGGCGUGAGUCGAGCACCCGCCCGGGAUCGUGGCGAGCCGUCAGGAACCGGCCGCUCCUCGUGCACACGAAGGACAUCUACCCUGAAGGAUUCCCGAAGGAGUUCUCGCUCCUUAUCACCGUCAGGCCAGACCUGGGCAACAUGGGAAUGCUGUUCAUCUGCACCGCGCCUACGGAGGGGAAGUCUACCUCGGCCUCGGCCUUGGCACUGGGCUCGAACUGCUCCAUACGGGUCCUGGCAGAGGCGAUGACGUCCUGCCGAUCAACGUGGCACCCAUUAACGUCAAUCUCACGGAUGGGCACUGGCACCAGCUGCUAUUAGCGUCCUCGAGGACAGCACCAUCCAGGUCUACGUCGACUGCAGGUGGACGAGUCGACAGAUCCUGAGACGGUCGACGUUGGAGAUUCCGAUGGACACGCUGCUCUAUGUUGGAGGGAUGCCGGGGCGGAGCUAUGAG